GAUACGGCGUGCGUCACGUGCCGUCGAGCGCGACCAAUCGCCUCGCGCCCACAACCGGCGGGGGCCCUCUCCCCUCGCUCAGUACGCGUUUAGCUUCCGCGUGGAACGCACGUCAUUUGCUCCCAGCUCCUGGGCCGCGUUGUGUUUACAGUACCAUGUUGUAACUUGUAGUGCUGUGAUGAGUGCGUGGACAGAGGAAGUGAUGUCCUGGCGUGACGACCGCCUCGGCAUUACCGAAUUACCAACCGUGAACCGACGUAAAAACCGAACCGCUCCGUACCGACUACACAGGCCACAUAUAUCUACAUCACUACCUGAACCGGUACCUGAGAAUGGAACGCAUAUAUCAAGAUUGUAUCCAGAAAUUCUCGCUUUAAUUUUCGAGCGGCUGCCUGUUAGAGACAGGGGUCGAGCUGCGCAAGUUUGUCGAUCCUGGCGUGAUGCUGCGGACAGAAGGUCAGUGUGGCGAGGAGUUGAAGCCGCUUUACAUUUAAGAAGGCCAGCUUCCGUGUUGUUUGCGUCACUAGCUCGGCGCGGAGUAAGAAAACUUCAAGUUUUAUCAUUGAGGCGCGGCUUGCGUGACGCCGUUUCAUCUUUACCUGGUUUGGAAUCACUUUCCCUUAGCGGUUGUUAUAGUGUAACUGAUUCAGCGCUUGCAAGCGCAUUUGCAACUGAGUUGCCUUCAUUGAGACGAUUAGAUCUAUCACUUUGUAAGCAAGUCACUGAUUCAUCGCUUGGCAGAAUAGCUCAGUCGCUGAAGAACUUGGAAGAGCUCGAACUGGGUGGUUGUUGCAACGUGACUGAUACAGGACUCUUGUUGAUCGCUUGGGGAUUGAGAAAACUACGAAAAUUGAACCUCAGAUCCUGUUGGCACGUUAACGACGAUGGUAUUGCACAUUUAUGUGGCGGUGGAGAUGCCAGGGGUACUCCAGAUUUGGAAUAUUUAGGUUUACAAGACUGCCAAAGGUUAACAGAUGACGCGCUGAAACACGCUGCAACCGGGCUUCCUAAACUCACAUCUAUCAAUCUUUCCUUUUGUGUUGCUGUGACUGAUGCAGGAUUACGUCAUUUAGCGAAACUGUCUUAUCUGGAGGAUGUUAAUUUGAGAGCCUGUGAUGGAGUUUCGGACGCAGGUGUGGCUCAUUUAGCUGAAAGCGGUCGAUUGAGAGCCUUGGAUGUAUCGUUUUGCGACAAAGUAGGCGACGAGGCGCUAUCGCACGCUACUCUAGGCCUAUCUGGCCUCCGCUCGCUGUCACUAAGCGCGUGCAGACUCACUGAUGAAGGUUUAGAAAGAGUCGCAAGGCUAUCGCAGCUAGAAACGCUCAAUAUAGGCCAAUGUACGCGUGUAACGGAUAGAGGACUCCGGGCCUUAGGCGACGGAUUGCUGAAUUUGAAAGCAAUAGAUCUGUACGGUUGUACUUGCAUAACUCCGCAAGGAUUGGACCAUAUUGUGAAGUUGCCACGGCUAAGUGUUCUCAAUCUAGGCCUAUGGCAUGUGCGGUGACCACACAAACAUAAGUGUAUCUCUGUGCCGCGUUUGCAUGUGUGCGUGCGACGCCAUGUUGGAAACGAAACCAAGGUUGUAUAAUGGACAAAAUAUAAAAUUAUUAACCAAUAUUAAUUAUUAUAAGGUAUUAUUGAACAACAAUCGUUAGGAGACGGGGUAGCUUUCUUUACGUUCUGUUAGUAAUCUGUUGCUAUGUAAGUUUGUUGACUGAUUUUUAUGUACUGUGAUUAUUUUUUUAAAUAUUGUCCGUUUAGUUUGGUUAAGUUUGAGAAAGUCGCCCCAAAACCUAGUCGCAACACUAAGCUGGGACCUUUGGGUUUCAGCUUAUACAUGUAUACUCUUAUCUAUAAUUAGUGACGUAUAAAAAUAUAAGGUAAUUUAAAUUUUACCAGCGAUUAUGAAAUGUCUGGUAUUCUAAUGUAAUUGCUCCAUUAGUUAGUGUAGUCAUUAUUAAAUUGUCGUUUUAAUUCGAUAUUUUGCGAAUCUUUGUAUAUAUUUAAGUUUUUAUUCAUGUUUCUGUUUGAGAGGCAGAAGUCUUAUUGUUUUUACACACAUUUCCUUCCAAAAUUGUUUAAAUGCAUUUUGUUUUUAGUUAAAAUUGAUAUUUUUUAAGUUUAAUAUAGAUAAUGAACAUUGUUUUAUCUUUAAUUGUUGAUAUUAACCAAUUCUGAAAAAUUUUUGGACAAAAUUCUUUCAUAGAAGUAUCACCCGGAAACAUAGUUAAUAUUUUAUAUUGCAACAAUAAGAAAACAUUGCAAUUAAAGUAAUUCAAUAUUCAAUUUUUAUUAUUUCAAUAUUCAAUUAAUAUUAUUUUAUCCAAUGAUUUCAAAACGCUGUGUAUUAUAUUUUCUGGAGUCACUUUUCAACUUAAUAGCAAAUUAUGCCAAAUAUAAGCCAAAUAAAACAUCCAAUGCUGAAAAUCUUAUUAUUAUAACUUUACCAGGACGCCUUCGCAAAAUAAGACAUUACAUUUUAAGAUUCAAUAAAUUAAUAUUUCGCAAAAGAGAGGAAUUAUAAAAAGACAUAGAUGUUUUGCAUUUUAGUAGAUAAUCUAAUAGAUAUAGGUAAUAUGAUAGAUGCUAUUCUAUUAAACUGCUAAUUUUAAAAUAACUGUUGAAAAUAUGUUUCUGGCAGAGAUUUUACGGUAUUUUUUAAAGGUCGUCUCGGUAUCUCCGAAUGCCUGAAAACAAAAAUCAUCGGAGGAUAUUUAGGUAAUGAUAAAUAUGCACAAGUAUGAGGCUGAAAUCUAUAGGGCGUAGGUACAUACCCCCUUAUUCAUAAUGGUCCGCUAACUUUAAACAGCCGCUAAGGAGUGUUUUUUCUCAUUCUGACUUAGGUCAAUAGAAGAAGACAGAGUGAGAAUUAGCAAUGCUUUAAGUUAGCAGACUAUAAUGAAUAAGGGGGAUUGACUUUACUCACGUACAACUUAGUUGAGUGUAAGCUUAGCGUAUUAUUAUAGUCAAUUGACAUCGAAAAUUAUGCUUUGCUUAAUGUAAGACAGCCCAAUGCAAAAGCCAAAUUCGCGUUUUCACAAUCAGCAAAGUUUUACGUGAGUAAAGACUCAGCAAAGUUUAAGUUAGCUCUAUAGAUCUCAGCCUCGGUCGAGGUACAGUCAAGCAACCUGAUUCGCGUACAUUUUGAUUGCUGACUUAUUGCUUGAAAUAUGGAAAUAUCUUAAAGCUUAUAUUCGUUUAGCACAUCCGUAUCACGUUCAUAUUAGCGUUUCAAAGAAAGAUAGCCCUUAGUAUUAACAAUUGUCAUCAGCAAUUUAGGCUUAGGGCGGUACGCGAUUCAAAUUCCUUGACUAUACCUAAUUGUGGUACUAUAAUAAAUGCGUUGUUUGGUUCCCUUCUUGCAGAGUUAUUGAUAACUAGCUGACCCGGCAAACGUUGUUUUGCCAUAUAAAGUUUAAUUCACGCGAUAGUUUUAUAAGUAAUAAAAUAUUGCCUAUAUUAUAGCCUGUACAUCAUUUUGUUCUAUUGUCAAUAGUUUUUGCAGCGCACGCAAAAAUAGGUUUUCGAUUUUACACCUUGUGUUACAAAAUAGCAAUUUUAUUACGGAUCCCUAAUUUUGAAAAAAAAACAUAGCCUAUAGCCUUCCUCGAUAAAUGGACUACCCAACACUGAAAGAAUCAUUCAAAUCGGACCAGUAGUACCAGAGAUUAGCGCGUUCAAACAAACAAACAAACAAACACUGCAGCUUUAUAAUAUUAGUAUAGAUUAAAGCUUAUUAAUUCUAUAAAUCGUAUAAUUUUUGUUUACUCGAUAGAGAUAAAAGUCGAAUGAUUUGACUAAUAAAACUAAAUACUUAGUACGCCGUAAAUACAAACGGUUAUUACAUGUUAAAGUCAUCAGUUCUUUUCACAACCAAAGAAUAUCUUUUCUAUAACGAAUGCACUUUAAAUUCUCAAUAUAGGUAUGCAUUUUAAAUAAUAAGAUGGCAAUACCUAGAUACCUAGAUACGACACGAUUUCCUUCGGUCUGGUCUUACAUACUCGUAUGUUCCUGAUUCUUGUCAUUUUGGUUUUUAACCCUAGAAAAAGUGAUUUUCAAAUAAGAUCAACUUUAUUAUUAUCUAUUCCUCUCUGUUUUUUUGUGCUCCAGUACUUUAAAAAGUGCUUAAGACGGCUAAAUUAUAUAAGCCGCAAAGAAAGGCCUACAAAAAUAAUCCGACUACAAUAAGCGUAAAAAUUAAUCUGGCAUUCUGUGCCAGAUUACUUUACCUAUCGAUUUAGUUUCCAAAAUAAGUUACGAUUGGAUAAAUUUUGGAGAGAUAAAUUACCGGGAACGAAACCCUGAUUUUUCAGAAUUUGAAUUCUUUAAUCUAUAAAACUUGGCUAAUGUUUUUUUUAAGAAGAACAAUGAGCUGAGAUCUUUUUUUUGAUUUAAGAAUUUAAAUUAAAUUUUUCUGUCGCAGGCCAAUAUCAGUUCCGAUUAAAAAUCCUCAUAAAAAGAUUCAAGAAUCAGGUUCUCGCUCUUGUCUAUUGCUGACAUCAAAAAGACUUUUUCCAUUAACAGUAAGAUUGAGUUACUUUGGAUCUGGGAGUCUUCUAUAGCCCAUCAUUAAAAACAGUUUAAUUUUUCUCGCAUGUCAGCAAUUGGGGCAGUAAAUAUAACGUUACGGCCUUACAAAUUAACUUGGUAUAAAGUUAUACUUGAGAUUAAACCAAGGAUACAUGUUGACUAUCGACCGUUUUCAAUAAAGUACCUCUAGUUACGGAUACAUUGCUGUCACCGUUUAAUGACAAGAUCUUAUCUAUCCAUAGUCAUGUCCAAUGCUUUAUGUCGAUAGAAUAUUGAAAUGUAAGUUAGCGUAAAAUGAUGGAUUUGUCUACCUCUAGUAAGUUAAACUAAGGAUAGAUAGGUUAUUGAAAACGGCCGUAUAUCGCUGACAACACUGUCAUUACAAUGAUAAUUCUGAAGUUUUCCGAAUGUCAAGGAAACGUUAUACAUCCAAAUAAAACAAUUAUGUAUAAGCAAAAUGUAUUUUUGUAAACAUUUUGCGUAUUCUUGGUUUGUUCUUAGUUAUAAUUUUUUACCAAGUUUUAAGGUACCCCAGGAACAAAGUAACUCCUACGAUGUAUAGAAUAUAUUAUAGCAACGCAAUAAUUACAUAGUAUUCUUCGACAAAAAGUCAGAAAGCGUUCAGAAGAUCUGCCUUAGUGACGUCACAACAGAGUUAAAAAUAUAAAGCUAUAUAGCGCUGUAUAUUAUAACUGAAAUAUAUGUGACUAACUUUUAUGGAUACCGACAAUAUCUGUCUAUUAACUAUUACUAAAAUGCAAAAAUCAUAAUUUUCUUUUAUAUAUAAUGUCUUAAAUGCAAAACUUCUGUUUUUAUAUAUUUUGACUGUAUUUUUUUAUCUAAACCAUACAUAGACUUAAAAUAUACUAGCGUAUAGACAAACAAAGCGUGCAAAAGAGAUCAUCUCUAACGGAGAUACAGUAAGAGAGUAAAGGAAAGCGAAUUUGUUGUAACUGUAACCUAUUUUGAAUGAAAAGUCGUAAACAGUCAGCCACGCUUUGAAUUCGCUCCUGAGUAUUUUGAAUAUUAAACUAUCUUACGCACACAUUGACAACUCCUGUGAGGUCGUCUAUAUAUUCUAGUAUAUUCUAAUUUUAUGAUCUAUACCGUAGAGUUAUAAGAACAAAAUUGUCACAACUAAGAAGAAAAUAUUCUAGAGGUCAUUUUUGCAAUCGAUGCAACGCCGAGUUCGUUUUCUCUGUCUGCCUCACAGAGUCUGAGGGAGACAACUGAUUUUAAGACAUAAUUUUAGACUUGGUAUGCCUUCUGGGUCAAGCGCUUUUAAGACAUUUUUCUUAGAUUAUUUAUACGUCUAGAGAGACGUUGACAGCUGUCAAAAAGUCGAUAAAAAUUGUAUUUUAAACAAACCUCUAUUUUGUGCAAUUCACGCACACUACUAACACAAAGUGUCAUACAAAACGCGAGUGUAAGCUUGUCACGCGCACUUAACUAAUAUUCCUGGCCUGUUUCUAUAGGUUAUCUAACAGCAAAAGACUCUAUCUAGACGUAUAAAUUAUCUUAGACAUUUUUAUUAAUUCUUAUUAUUGGUAUUCACUUAUUUUCAAAUGACCAGUCUGUGUUGAAUUUGAAAAUUCUAAUGAAUUUUCAAAUUCAACACAGACAUCUUAAGUAUCCGUUGAGAUUUUACUUAAUCACGUCAAAAUAAUAUUAACCCCUUAGAAUUCCUUUAAGUUGAACUAACGAAUAGAAUAACUUAUUAAUGAACAAAACAAGCUCAUGCGAUCUCUAUUAUACGUAAUUUUAAAUUAUUUUAAGGUACCCACAUUCGCAAAAAAUCGAAUUUGAAACAUUGAAUGUUUACUCAAACGUUGUUUUUGUACAAACUGAAUGUAAAAUAGAUGAAAUGUAUUAAAGCCAUCGUUUAAGUUACAAUUUA